UAAAAUUUCCUUUCGACAUGAUUUUUGAUAACAUUUUGAUAUAAAUAAGAGAAAUUCCUUGAACUUUUUUUUAGUUACUUUUAAAGGCGAUUAAAUUUCCAGGAAUAAUGAAGUUCUUUAUUGCAAUUCCAUAUUUUUUACUUGCUGUUGUGGUUAAACCAUCCAAUGGCUUUUGUAACACGUGCUUCCCUUACACAAAUAUAGCCUGUACUGCCAAAGAUUUAUUUAGAGUUUGUGUAGAUGGACUACCAGCAGGGGAUCACAUUAAAUGUCCCAAUGGAACCAUCUGCUCAGGAAAUGAAUUUGUUUGUUUCUCAGAAGGAUAUGGUCCGCCAGAUUGUAAUGAUUGUAAUGUUUGUAACGAUGAUAAAACUUUUGCCUGUAGUGAUUAUAAUGCAUUCUCUCUGUGUCGUGGAUCUAAUACUCCUGAUCCUGAAAUACAUACCUGUCCAGGAGAAUUGGUGUGCAAUAUUAAUUCGGCAACUAUUUGUGUUGAUAUUAAUAUUACUGGAUUAGGUGGUACAUGUCCAUGGAAAGACAUCAUCACAACUACGACAACCCCAGCGACAACAUCCACAUCUACCACAACACCAACAACAACUUCCACAUCUACCACAACACCAACAACAACAUCCACAACUACCACAACACCAACAACAACAUUCACAUCUACCACAACACCAACAACAACAUCCACAUCUACUACAACAACUUCCACAUCUACCACAACACCAACGACAACAUUCACAUCUACGACAACACCAACAACAACAUCCACAUCUACCACAACAAGAACAUCCACAUCUGCUACAACACCUACAACAACUUCUACAUCUACCACAACACCAACAACAACAUCCACAUCUACCACAGCACCAACAACAACAUCCACAACUACCACAACACCAACAACAACAACAACAUUCACAUCUACCACAACACCAACAACAACAUCCACAUCUACUGCAACACCUACAACAACUUCCACAUCUACCACAACACCAACAACAACAUUCACAUCUACGACAACACCAACAACAACAUCCACAUCUAACACAACACCAACAACAACAACAUCCACAUCGACCACAACACCAACAACAACAUCCACAUCGACCACAACACCAACAACAACAUCCACAACUACUACUACACCAAGAUACACAUCAUCAACCUCAAGUCCCAUAACAAAUACAGAUGCAUUUUGUUCAGCUAAAGGAUUUCCCGGACGCUAUGCGGUCCUUGCCGAUCCAACAUGCAAGGAAUUUGUCUUGUGUAUUCUAACGAGUGGUUCAUAUACUGGAAUCGCGUAUAAGUGUCCAAAGAAUCUUUAUUUCAAUGAAGCAACUCAGAGUUGUGGAUAUCAGAGGCCAACACGAUGUGAAAGUAUUAAUACCUAAUAAGCACUUUUUUUUAAUAAAAUUUAUUAAACGUU